CUCUUACCAGGCGUCAAACUAGCUAAUAAUCACCUUAGUUGGAGCUUGGCAUUUGUUAAGGUAAGUUCUCAACCAAGCCAUCUAGAGAGUACUAGUGUCUUUCGGUUUUUCUCAAAGUUGUUUUCACUUGUAAUUCCACUUACAACAGUGAAAAACGAUCGUGUAUAUUAUUUUCAAAAUGCCUUUUGUUGCUGGAACGUGAAGGCUAACAUGACCAAGCUUUAGUUGUUAUAUAAUCUUCAAUUAGGAAUAUUAGGAAUAUUUUCCGUAUUACACAAAACUCCUGUUGUAUAACGCUUCGUGACUAAAAAGGAGUUAUGUUUUGAACACUAACCGUUACGAAAAGUUUUGCUUCAUUUUCUUCAGGAAAAACAGUUAAUCGCGAUAAAAAAAAUACUAAAUUCGAUUUUGACGAGCCUUAAUGGGUUAAGAUGACGGCGCUAGGAGAAAACAUAUUCCGUUUUCGGCGACAGCACCCAGUACCAUCAUUUCAUCCAAACAAAUUCGGGUGCCUCCGCUAGUAGCCUGCGAAAACAGCCGUUUCUCCUCGCUCCUCGCCGCUGGGACGUUUCACGUUCCUCCUCGCGAAACGUCCUCAGCGGCGAAGAUCGAAGGGGAAACGACUGUUUUGGCUGGCUACUCCGCUAGCCACAUACACAUUAUUCCCUAACGUUUAUUUAUGUACCAGUCAGUUUGGAACUUCAAAGUUAUUACUCGAAUUCGAUUUCGUCGACAUGAGUUCUUUCAUAAACCCAUAUUUGAUGUCGCCUCAAAAUCGAAUUUAGUUUAAUGUGAUACCGUCUUUCCUUCAAAGUAUCAGACACAAUACGUAUGCGUUAACAUGCAUCGAAAAAGCUAUGUUUUUUGCCAUUUUGAUCUGUUUACGGAUUUUCUGAAAUUUUUAUACCGUUACAUAACUGAAAAACAUUAAGGGACCGGUCAUUUAAGGGGAUCAGAGGAUUAUUGUUGCGUAACCAUAUAUAUGCCAUCAUUUAUUAACUUACUUGUCUUUCCACUUUUGACGAGCUUAUGGUUUUGUGACCUUUUUACAUUUCAGAAAGUUGUCUUCCAGUCUUCCUUUGUAUUUCUUUAACUAAGAAAGUUGAUUAUUCCAAAUGGCGGAGGUAAACAUCCCUGGUAUUGUGGGUAUCGUUGUUUUUUAUCUUUUAAUUCUUGCUGUCGGCAUUUGGGCCAGUCGACGGCGCAAGGCAGGUGAAGAAGAAGCAAUGUUAGCUGGUCGAAGUAUUGGAACGUAUGUUGGUAUUUUUACUCUGACAGGUAAAGCGCUUCUCACUGUCAAAGUUAAAGUAAAAUCGAAUAAAACCUCAAUGAAUGGAGCCGGAAUGAUUUUAUUUAUAGAAAAUACUUGAAAUGGAGCCGGAAUGAUUUUUGACCUAAAAAUGAACAGACUUAUAAACGGUUACUUAGUUUAAUUUUAGCAUUAUAAAGUCCAACGAAAAAUGGUCUGUUAUUUUAGUCAAUCAAUGCUGCGUUCUGAUUGGUUGAGCUACUACUAGGCUAUAUGUUAUAGCCCGCUGGUAGCGAAAAACGCUGGCUUUUUGGCGGCAAAAAAGAUUUGAGUCUAGCUUUAACUACAAUCUUGGACAAAAUAAAUGGAAAACCUAGAGCCCCCCCUCCCCCGCAAAUCAAGGAUGGGAAAAUGGCGCGUUUUUGCCCUUUGCGCGGCUUCAUCCUUGAUUUGGGGGGCGGUUGCUGUUCCAUUUUAUUUUGUCCAAGAUUGUAGCUAAAGUUGUUUUGUCUCCAUUUUUUUUGACCAACUAGUUGGAUUUUACUAAAACAAUUAUUCCUCUCGCCCUCAUGGCCUCUGAGUCAAUAGCCCAUUCGGGCUCGAGGAAUAAUUGUCAAAUAACUUGGUUGAAAAACUAGACCCAUAAAUCAACUUACAAGAUACAAAUCAAGGAACCAUAACUGCCUAUGGGGUGGGUGGGUGGGAAAGCAAUUUGUAACACAGCUGAAAAGACUCGUUGUCUGCCUAUUGGCUUGUAAAGUUAAAUGCUAAUCGCUCAUUCCUGGAGCGUGGCUAAAUAACUCUUUAUAUCUUAGCGGCUGUCAUGCGGUCAUACACGCCCUUCCCGCCGCAAGGAAGCUUGCGGCUUGCGGUUGCCUUUCUCCCACGCUGGCCAUCGUUGUGUAUAAGCUCUCCUGAUGCACGCGUUUUCUUAUUUUGGUAAGAAUAGGACAAUUGCACGAUUACGUCAUUUUACUACAACUACCAGAAUCCUUGAGUUUGUUGUUUUCUAGUGCAAAUUAAGGCUAUUGUUCUUUAAUCCUCAGCGGGAUUGACAAAUUUAAAUAACAAAGCAAAACCGAAUUGAAUUUUGGUAGUUGUAGUCAAAUAUCGUCAUCGUGCAGUUGUCCUAUUAGGAAACUUUAACUGACGUUUUUCCGUUUUUCCAUAGCAACCUGGGUCGGAGGGGGGUUCAUCAACGGCACAGCGGAAGUUGUCUAUUCUGAGGGUCUAGCGUUUGCCCAGGCUCCCUGGGGAUAUUCAUUUAGUCUUGUGUUAGGUAAGUAGCGAGAUCCAUUGAGCCUUCUGUUGUUUUACUUUGGUGUUCAUGUGGUUUCUUGGUAAACUUGACUGAACAUUGCUACAUUAAUUUGGAGUACGCUGGUGUCAUAGUACCGACAUUAUUACAUGAUAUCUUGUUUGAUAUAAAUGCAGAAGUGAUCCUGACUUCCAUUCGAACCAUCCAUAACCAACGGAAGCAUCAUUUGAUAAAGCCGAUGACCAACAUGAGUCUUCAACAAAAUAAUAACACUUGUUAAGUGAUUAGCCGAGCGGUUCUUGAAACGAAAGAUGAGGGACGGUCUCCAAAAGGGUUCUUCAAUCCCAUCAUCUCAACCCAAAUUUUCACUCACUCUCGUAAUCCCGAGGGUUAUUUUCGCCAUCCCACAUCCCAUGCAUACCGUAAAUCCUCUAUUAAGCCUCCGGGGGGUUAUUUAUUUCAAAUACAUUUGAGGGGGGCAUAAUAGACACGGGGGGCUUAUUUAUUUUAGCAAAGACGAUGGUAUCAGUUCUCCAUAAAGAACUAUAAUACAAAGUGAAAAAGCUCAAAUACAAGAAGUUGGAGGAGCAUGCAAUCGAGGAUCAAAACAAAUCAAAACUUCCAGUUGGUGAAUAAACCAUCCGGGAUCAGCCCAAAUGAAUUGUUACAGUCGUGAUUGAGUAAAUCAGUCUAUUAUUUCUAGUGAAGGAUAAUUAGGGGAGGGGGGGGGCUUAUUAACUUUCUUCCCCGGAAAAGAGGGGUCUUAAUAGAGGGAGGGGGCUUAUUUGAGACGGGGGAAGGCUUGAUUAAUAGAGAAUUUAUGGUACUUUCAAUCCCGAAUUUCGCCCCAGUUUACGUUAAGAUCCCGACCCCGGCCUUGAAAUGAGGCAAAUCCAAUAUCCCAAAAACCUGCUGGGGACCCUCAUGAAGGAACAAUGGCAGACCUUGAGUUAAAGAGCCGCGGUUAGCGUGCGGGCAAGGAGUGCGACGCUCAUCCAAGCCUUGCCUUCUUGAGGCUCUCAGUCAAGUUUUGGUACCAAAACCGAUAAUUAACGGGCCCGCAAGGCUGUUGUUGUUUACAUGCAAGAUAGAGGUUUCAAUAGCUUGGCAUCUAACAUGAUAAAACUAUCAGUUAAUGAAACAAAAUGCAGUAGUUUGCUAGCCAGGACACGCGCUUUUAUUCUUGAUAUUUCGAUUUGACGGGCCCGAAAAGUUACUGGGACUUUCGAGAAACAGGCCCCAGUCUAGUACAGUAGAGAGAUAUAAAGGGAGGAGAACCUGAUAUGAUACUUGGCCAAGCUGUCCUCAGUUUGAUCUAAAAAUAUGGAGGAGGCGGACUAUCCCUGGGUAUUCCUCCUAAAUCCGCCACUGGAGCUGCACGCUCCAGAAGGAUGGGAUCCCUGUUGCAUAAAUACUGCGGCUUCUUUUCUUUCAGGUGGACUGGCCUUUGCUAAGAUUAUGCGCAAAAGAGAGUACUUCACUAUGCUCGAUCCAUUCCAAGAGAAGUACGGACCUCGCAUGGGUGGUCUGUUGUUCAUUCCUGCGCUGCUUGGAGAGAUAUUUUGGUCUGCAGCCAUUCUUGCCGCCCUUGGCGCCACUGUAAGCGUCGUAGUGAACUUAGAUCGUGUUACCUCAAUCAUUGUCUCUGCAUGCAUCUCCGUUUUCUACACGCUGAUUGGUGGGUUCUAUUCUGUGGUUUACACUGAUAUCAUUCAACUCCUCAGCAUCUUCGUUGGACUCAUGCAUCUUUUCGUUGGUACAACUGGUAAUGAUCUUUAUGGCAUUUGCAAUGACACCAGUUUAGAUUUAUUGAUUCAAAGGAAUGCUCUUGUUGUGUCCUUUAAAGAUUUUCCUGAUUUGUACUGUUCUUUCUUCAAAUUUUGUUUUAGUGGAUCAGUGUUCCAUUUGCAAUGACAAAUCCAGUCCCUAGGAGUGAGAAAAGUAAAGCAUCCAUAAAGAACCCAAAGUUUUGAUUCAAAGGAAUGGGUACCCGAGGGAAAAGAGAACCAAAACAUUUUCUAUAACGUCCAGUGUAAUGAAUGACAAUUAGCCCUUAAAAUGGGAUGGACUACGCACAAUAUUUUUAUUGGUAUUAAACAAAAUACAGAUUUUUGUUUCUGAUUUGAUUUUUCCAACUGCAUGGGUGGGAUAAAAAUUAGGGACGAUAUUUCCCUCAAGAUAGUCUUCAAAUUUUGUAUUUUCCGUACAGACCAAAAUCCUUCUUCGAUAGUGUUUCGAAACGCCUAAAAAACAAAAAGCGUUAUUUUUCCCCUCACCUUUCAAAAAGCACAUAUGUAAAAUGUUUCAAGGUAUUUCAAAACUCACUAUUUUAGCUUAUAUACUUGUAUUUUUGUUAUUUCAAUAAUUAAGUCAAAAAACGUUAUUUACAUUAACCAAUAUCAAUGCGUACAAUUUACAUUAUUAGCUUAAUUAUUAGUUAAUUACAUGUGAGAAGUCUAGAAGAGAUAACAAUUCCUUCAAGUUAAUCUUUCUAUUUUUUCAUUGAUUUAAAUCAUUUAUAAAUUACAUUUAUGCUCCAUGUUCCUUUAGAUAGCAUUAUUGAGUCAGUUAUUGCUUUUGGUGGAUUUUAUAUUAGCAUAAACGACCGUAACGUGUAUCAAUUCGUGCAAUCAAGACGAUCGUGUGCACGCACAUCAUCUCAGAUCUGUGCACAUCAAUACAGCACCGAGAGUAAGCGGCCCGGGGGGUACUCCCAUACAUUACCUAUACGGGUAUGUGCCGCCCAACGGGGUCGUGAUUUUAAAGCUCCUGGUUUAGAAAGGGGUAUCCAUUUCAGAGGCGUUUUCUAGAACGGGGUAUAAUAUUUCAAACGCAUGAAAGCUCCAGUUUUGUAAGCAGCCAUUUGAAAUUAUUCGAGGACAGAUUGCUUUUAAAAAUACGGCUCAAUGCGUUACUGAAGCAAACUGUUAUACUCUUGUAGCACCCUAGAACGGAGUAUAAAAAACUGGCCCAUUUCUAGAACGGGGUAUCAGUUUUAGGGCAAAUUCUAGAACGGGGUAUAAAAAAUUGGCCCAUUUCUAGAACGGGGUAUCAAUUUUAGGGGAAUUUUUUUUCAGAACGGGGUGCCAAUUUGGAGUCCCGGGCGGCACAUACCCACCCAAAAAAUACCCAAGUACCCCCCCCCCCCCGGGGUAAGCGGUAAGCCAUCUGGCAAUAAUCUAGUACUUAUCUCAAAGAAGAGGUGAUGCGCGGUACGGAUGGCAGGAACGCCCCCUCCCCUGUAACUGGAGAUGACACAUUAAUCAGUCACAUUAAGCAUAAAACCAUCUAUUUCUUUCAGAAAUAAAUUUCCUACAGUACGGUUAAGGGGCAUCACAUUAAUUUUACAACUGUAUACAUACUUUUUGAUAAAUAGGAUGAGCAGUUCUAGUCGGCGUCUGAGGUUAUCAGUAGGACCGGGGAUAUAUUUCUGCAUCAGAAUUCGCUCUGGGGAAAGAUUUAGGAGAGUAUUAUGGGACACAUUAAACCAUGAAAAGAUUUCAUGACAAAAUUUAACAUUUACUGGGCAUGGUAAGAAGGUAUGCUCCAAUGAAUCAGAGUUCAGUCUUACACUGCAUGAUCACAAAAGUCAUCAUUUCUGAUUUUAAAUUUCUUGAGUUCUUUAUUGGUUACUAAAAUUCUAUGGAGAAUUUUGUGACCAAAUUCUCUUAAUUUAUUGUCCUUCGUCGAUUUCAGUAUAAAUUGUACUGAAUGACUGUUCCCAACUAGUGGCAAAGUAAGGAAAGAAGCUAGACCAGCGUUUAACAGCAGUAGGCUCUGUAGUUUUACCUUCCUGACAUGAAUUGUAGUAGUGCUUACAUCUCAGUUUAGCCGAGGAGAGUUGUAUAUUGUAGAAACGUAAAAAACCUCUUGUUCCUUAAGUAGGUCUCUUUUCGUUACGGCAAUUUCUUGUGCUGUUUUCUUCAAGCAACUUCGAAUCACAGCAAUAAUUAAGUUGAAAAUAUUGAAGAAAAUUCAGGUGAACGUUAUAUUUAACUUGUAAAUCAUCAAGGGAUAAGAUUUUCCGUUCUCGUCUUAUAAGUCUUGAACAAAACAGAUUUCUUUCUCAAAAAGAUGUGCCCAAAAUAUAGAUUUCUUCUCUAUCGCGACUUGCUUGUUGUUCCAAAGAAUGAAUUCAUUUCUAUAGACAUCAGGGUGACCUGUAGGCGGUUCCUUAAAGUAAUCCAACAUUUCACUAUAACGGAGAGGAGGUUGUUUUCCUAAGAGUUUAGAAUCAUAAUUACACUUCAGUAAAAAAAGUAACCCUCCAUAUCUAUUAAAGAAUUCGUUUGAGAUUGCUUGUCAUGAGUCAUUUGUACGGUUUAAAAACCUGCCUAGCCAGCACAAGCGUAGCGUCAUUUAACCACUGUGCGAAAGUUAGGAAAAUUAAGUCCAUCGCUUGACAGAGAUUGAUAUACAACAGAUCUUUUUAUUUUAUCAAUUUUGGUUUUCCACAAAACGUUUAUUAUUUUUUCGUGUACCCUUUUAAUAACCAUGUCAGAAACACCCAGCAUAGACGCUGCAUAAACUUAUUUGGAUAAGCCCAGGGUCUUAACCAACAUUGUGCAUCCAAAUAUAGUUAGGCCUUUUUUUGUUAUAUAUUCACUCGACCAAUAUUUGGGUAAAGGUGAGACAAUGAGGGUUUAAAAUCCUGACCCUGUUUAGGACUGCAGGUAAUACUCUGUUUAUAAUAACGACAAACUGGCACGAAAUUAUAUACCCUAUUUAGGACAGACUGGCGUGAAAGUGUAUACCCUGUCAAAAGAGAGGUCAAAAACCAUACCCUGUCGACCGGUGGAACAUCCCCGCAUAGGCAAUAUCAGGGAAUACACCCCUCCAGGACUUGCCAAACAAUUUGAAGGGCUUGGUAUUGUAAGUUGUAGCCAAAAAAGCAAAAAUUUCUCAACUUGAGGAAAUAGAGAAGUGUGCAGUCGCGUUACCCAAGACUUGGGUUCUCACUUAGUUUCCCUCUUAAUAAUUUAGAUAACGGAGACAUUGAUGAAGAUUUUGUUUUCUGUGUAGAUGUUUGGUGGUAUGCCAUGGCAAAUUUAUUUUCAGCGAGCUUUGGCUUGCAAGACCCCACGCAAGGCCCAAAUUGUCUCUUUUGUAGCCUCGUUAUGUUGCCUUCUGAUGCCCAUACCGGCUGUCCUUAUCGGGGCUGUUGGCGUCAAGACAGGUAAAGUACGUUCAGAAUGCAGUCUUGGACAGAUCCGCACCUUACUGGUGCGGCCUUUUGUCCAAAGGAGUUUUACUAAAAUAAAAUUAAACUCCGCUGGAAGGCCUUAAAAAGCAGGACGAUAUAAAUUAAUAUUUUUACUUUCCAUAAGUGGCCAUCACAGUAAGCAGGCGCGAAUGGUGAAUGGAAGGGUUUGCUCGGAAGAAGUAGAAACGUGGAAAAUGCCGCUGAGGACAAAGUGUCCCAACCAGUUUGGUCGGCAAUUGUUGUAUAACCUUAACCUACCUGCGAUAUGAUGUUUUUUUUUUUAAAUAGAGAUGUAAGCACAGAGGACAUGUUCGCAGGCUAAGCUGAUUUUCCUACGUUUGGUUUAAGUCCGUCUGUUUCUUUGCCAUUUUCCUGGCUUGGCCUUAUUUAUUUCAACAAUGCUACGAUUUUGCUUCCUCUCUUUCUUUUCUUUCGGGUAUUAAGAUUUAUCAUUUUCGCCACCAUACUUGCUUGAGAACAAUGCAGACUUUCUUGUCAUCUUGAAGUUUCUUUUUUCUUCACACUAGACUGGACAAAGACAUCUUUUUAUACACCACCCGAAGGCAAUGUCACUAAUCAGACUGCGACUGUCACCUUUGACAAAGCGAUGAUCCUUCCCAUGGUGCUUCAGUAUCUCACUCCAACACCUGUGUCGUUUGUGGGUCUGGGCGCUGUGGCCGCUGCUGUCAUGUCUUCUACUGACUCCAGUUUUGUAUCAGCCAGCUCAAUGUUUUCUCAUAACGUUUACAAACUUAUCUUCCGACAAAACGUGAGAUACAUUUAAUUUGUAAAUAACUUGUAUGUUGUUCCAUAAACUGGUGUAUUAGCACCAAGAAAAUACAUAUUUUUAAAGAUAUUUAGAUACAGAGGUUAUCUUCUUCUCCACCGGCAAACAAAACAAUCGAAGUCUCAGUGAUUUACCUCGACAUAGCGAUGAGCUACAAAAGAGGUAGAGCGUAACACUUGUGAGUUUGAGUUCCUUGGGUGUCAUGACCUUACUUGCGUUUUUUCAUUUAUUGUUUUUUUUGAACUAUGUUUACCUUAGUUAGCUAUAUUUCAGACCUAUGUGCCUUCCCAUAGUUGCGAUGUUUUCUUGUGUUUAUGAACGAUGCUUACUUUACUUAGCUAAAGGCAAGAGAAGGGAAAAGCAGAGAUAUUUCAGAGCUAUGAUAUUGCUAUUAAAAUAUAACCAUACUUAAAUUUUGAGUCGCUAGUUCAGUGAUGGGCAUCCAAUAAACGUUCUAUUAUUCAGUUCUGGACUGAAUUCUAAUUUUGUUUUCCAGGCCUCCGAUAGAGAAAUCUUGUGGGUGAUACGUAUUGCUAUAUUUGGAGUUGCCGUGCUUGCGACGUCAUUGUCCUUGGUGGUGAAAUCAAUCUACAGUUUAUUUGCACUGUGCAGUGACUUGGUCUACGUUAUCUUGUUUCCGCAGCUGUGCUGUGUAAUCUACCUUCCAGGCGCCAACACCUAUGGUUCUCUCAUGGGGUACAUUUUAGGGCUGAUACUUCGCGUUGGGGGAGGGGAGAAAAAUAUUGGCUUAAAACCUUUUAUUAAAUACCCCUAUUACAACGAAACCGAUGGGCAGCUAUUCCCGUUUCGCACCCUAGCCAUGAUCGUGUCUUUGACAACCAUCGUCGUUGUGUCGUACUUGCUGAAGUAUUUGUUUGAGAGGGAAAUGAUACCUUUAAAAUAUGAUUUCUUACACUGCUUCAAAAAGUACGAGUUAGAAAAAUCUGCAACAGGGAAAAAUAAUAAG